CGAAACCCCUAGAUACCAACCCACUAGACAGUCAGUUGAUAGAACUCGACAAAGACUUUCAAUCUCUGCCUCAGUUUCUGUUUUCUCCUAAUGUGACGCUUGACCGUUCAUUCUCGGAGCAAUGACGCUGUGGACCAGCAUCAAGCCAUUCUGGCCUCUCCUCUUCACGUUCGUCCUCCCGCGAGCGAUCAACUACUACGGCGCCCUGAAGACCGCGUACCGCACCAGGCCGCCGCCUCGCCCGCUCCCCAAACGGACCAGCCGCGGGGUGAACGCGCUGUUCGCCUCGAUCUGCGUCUUCCUCUACGCGUCGUGGCCCCUGAAGGGCGACGUCGCGGACCACAAUGUGUUCGUGGCCACACAGUCACGGCUGUCGAUCCCCACGGACGUGCUCUUUGAGCGGCUGGCGCUGUUGCGCGAGAACAGGGUCCUCUCGGCCGCCGACGAGGCCUUGAGGGCCAAGUUGACUUCUCCAGCCCUCCGUCAACUGUACCUCCGGUUCGGGCCCUCGACGCUCCGCGACUGCCUGUUCUGCCACCCGGACGACCCGUUCUCGUACCUGCUGUACCACCUGCCGACCAACACCGUGCUCCCGCACCUCCUCCACAUCCUGUGCCUGGGGCUCGCGACCUCGGAGACGGUGGCGGGGUACGAGGCCUCGACGUGGCGGCGCGGGGCGAUCCUCGGCGCCCUCGCCCUCGCCGGCACCGACCUGUUCCUGACAUCGACGUACGCGCCGGCCGUGGCGACCAGCACAACCGCGCCGGCGGGGACGUUCUGGGUCGCCCGCACGGCGCGGUACCUGAGCCUGUGCGCGUUCGACGCGCUGGUGGCGCUCUGCAUCUACGCCUCCGCGACGGGGCGGUUCUACCUGUUCCCGACCUCCUCUUCCGGCCCAGCUGCGGACCCGGAACUGGCGCGGCGCCGCACCGACGAGCUGCUCACGCAGGCCAACCUGGCGCUGCAGAUGGCCGCGACGAACCUGCGGGCGUACUCGAUCGCGCGCAACGCCGUGGUGCGGAACCCGGCCCUCAAGGACCGCGACGACGCGUACUGGCGCGCCGUGGUCGCCGUGGAGGGCUCGACCGAACCUGGCGGCGGCGGCGCCGGCACCUCCGUGGACGACAACGACGACAGCCUGUACGAGGAUGAAGAGGUGCAGGCCGCCGUGGCGAGGGCGUACGGGACCGGGGCGAUCAAUAUCGCCAGCGUGAGGAGAGAGGCCGAGGCGUUUGUCAGACACGCGACGAGGGGCUUGGAUGCUCCCACCCCUGCGCCAAAUAGAUAAAUAGACUGAUAAAUUUGGAGGACACAAUUGGAGCCAUUGACCCCCUGAUUCAUUGGUUCGUUGUAACCUUAAAAGCGUCGUCAUGAUCAUUCAUAUACCAUACACAAG